UACAUGAUUUACUUCGAAUUUUCAUGCGCUAUGCUACUGCUGAAUUGUUUCGCGGAUGCCAUGCCAAGGGAAACUAAAUACAAACGCACUAAUAACGAAAUACCAGAGAGUUCGGCUAGUGUCUUAUCCCGUAUAACAUACGCAUGGUUUGGUGUUAUGGUGGGGAAAGGUUAGCGUACCUUUGGGACUUGCGCCAACAAGACAGCUGUAAAGAAGUCAUGCCAAUAUUUGCUUACUAUUCUAAUAAGAAUGUGCGUAAGAAUACUAAUAUUUCAACUCAAACUCCAACCCACCCAAAGGCUCAAUAUAGUAAUGGAAAAGUAGAGUUUGAAAACCCACAUGGACGAAGUACCGGCAAGAAGGGUGUCACUUCAAUCAUGCCGCCAAUCAUUAAAUCAUUUUGUGGAGUAUGUUUGCUUGGUUCGCUAAUGAAGUUGAUUUGCGACGCAUUAACUUUUGCACAACCUCAAGUGCUAAGUUUAAUUAUUGGCUUUGUGGAAGAUAACUCCGAAGACGAAAAGGACAGGCAACCACAAUGGAAGGGCAUACUUUAUGCGGCACUUCUUUUUAUUACUGCUGGUGCACAAACUUUUAAUUUGGGACAGUAUUUUCAUCGCAUGUUCGUUGUUGGUCUACGUAUACGCACAGCGCUGAUCAAUGUAAUAUAUCGUAAAGCUUUACUUAUAUCGAAUGCAACACGUAAGGAAGCGACAGUAGGAGAAAUUGUAAAUUUGAUGGCGGUCGAUGCACAACGCUUUAUGGAUUUAACAACAUAUUUAAAUAUGAUUUGCCCAGCGCCAUUACAAAUUGCGCUAGCUUACGUGGCUCACAGCUUAUUUCGUGCAGCUGCAAAAUAAAACUUUUGAACCUUAUAGAAGGAAAACUAACGGCGAU